AUGCUUUCCACCUCCCGGAUGUCCGGUGCUCCCAGCUCCAUGUGGAAGCUGCUCUGCACGCAGCACACGCUCAAGUGCAUCUUCGGUCUCUCUCCGCCGCUCGGACCCGGGACCGUGACGCGACCUGCCCCAGAGCGAGACCCAGACGAAUCCGACUGUGGGUCCCACGCCCCCGCUCACACCCCGUGCUGCUCGGAGCCGAGCCGUGUGGACCCCGUGCUGCUCGGAGCCGAGCCGUGUGGACCCCGUGCUGCUCGGAGCCGAGCCGUGUGGACCCCGUGCUGCUCGGAGCCGAGCCGUGUGGACCCCGUGCUGCUCGGAGCCGAGCCGUGUGGACCCCGUGCUGCUCGGAGCCGAGCCGUGUGGACCCCGUGCUGCUCGGAGCCGAGCCGUGUGGACCCCGUGCUGCUCGGAGCCGAGCCGUGUGGACCCCGUGCUGCUCGGAGCCGAGCCGUGUGGACCCCGUGCUGCUCGGAGCCGAGCCGUGUGGACCCCGUGCUGCUCGGGAGCCGAGCGUGUGGACCCCGUGCUGCUCGGAGCCGAGCCGUGUGGACCCCGUGCUGCUCGGAGCCGAGCCGUCCCCGACGACUCCCGCGAGUCAGCUCCUGGGCAGGCUCCUACCCCCGCAGGCAGCGGAAGAAGUUGAUAACAUGGGUUGGAGAAAGGGGGACGGGGAUGAAAUUCUUUCUCUUCAUCCGUUAGUCCGUUUUCAGGUAUGACCUAAAUUUUUUAUUUAAAAUUUUUUUUAAUUAAAUUUCAUGAAGGCAUGCAUACAGCCCUAGAACCUUUUACAGAACAGAGUUUAAAACUUCUAAUAUUUGGUUUUGUAAGUAAGAAGUAACUUAGUAAGAGCCAUAGUAAGUCUAUGAAUCACAAGAUACCACAAAUGUGCCUCCUUGUUCAUGGGGAGAGGAAAGGUUUUGUCACCUUCACAUACCGUUUCUUGUGUUUCCUCCUCGUUUUGACACUAAUGUUUCUCUGAUCAGAGAGGUAUUGGAGUUCAACAAGUAAAAUCUCCAAUAGUUAUUGUUAUGCUGUUAUCUGCUAGGACUGGUGCUAACACUUUUUGUUGUUUGUGGUGGGCUUUUGGUGGUUUUUUUGUGUGUGGUUUUUGUUUUUUAAGAAUAAAAUUGAAACACUU